AGUGAAAGGCAUUUCCCAGGCAUGGAGCAUCUCCUCCAGGUUAACCAAUUAAUGGUGAAAGAGAAAUUCUCGGUGUCGCAGGGCUGGGGCUUCUCCUUUGAGGUGCUGAAUCUGGUUGGUCAGCGACUAUUCCAGGCGGAGCAGAACGUGGUGUGCUGCGGACCCCUCUAUGAUGUCAGGAUACGAGACAACAGCAACAACGAGGUCCUGCAUCUGCUGGAGAACUGCGGCUGCACCUGCACCCGGGAGAUGGAGGUGCACGGCCCCUCGGGGCAGCUGAUCGGAUUCGUCAAGGUGCAUUGGAACAAUCUGGUCACCCACCUGUCAUUGAUGAAUACCUCCAAGCAGGUCACCCUCAUCAUCCUGGGGCCCAGCUUCCAGAACAGCAUCUUCGGCAACGUCAGCUUUGAGGUGAAGUCUCCGGAUGAGCAGCAUGUGGUGGGGAUGAUACGGAAGGAGACUGAUCAUCUUUUGCUUACUUUCCCAUUGGACCUGGAGGUGACAAUGAAGGCCAUGUUGUUGGGCUCCUCCUUGUACCUGGAAAAUCUCAUUAAAUCAAAGAGAACGGAACUGCAGAGACAAGCACGUAACUGAUACUCCUGCAGCACAUCUCACCAAUGUCCCAUGUAUGCAGCUACAUGUAUCUGAGCACCUUCUCCGCAGAGCAUCAUAUAUCAUCCUCAGCAUUGCAGAGCAUCACACCCAGCAUUCCCAGGGCAGUUCUCCUCAUACUAACCACUAAUACUGAAGAACAUCUCACCUGGCUCACUAAAUCCUCACACUGAAGAGCAUCGACCCACUAUACACCUGAGGAAUGGUGCCACCGUGGAGGGCUGGACGUGGACCAUGGAUGGUCAUGGGCUGGGAGGUUUAACAAGCCACUGGGACUUUAAGAGAAACCAGUCUAAUAUGGAUGAUGUGUAUUGUUCUGACAACCUGCAUUCCCAGACAGUGUAUGUACCGGAUGUGCGAUAAUGAGCUGUAUUAUAUGUAUAAAGGCUGAAUAAAUGCUGUAUCUGCUGCC